UUGGGCUCGCAACGAACUCAGAGAGUGAUAGAGAGAGAGAGAGAGAAGCGCUUGCGCAGCGCAUGAUCUCUCGCCACCUCGCGCCUUGAUUCUCCGUCCAGCCGAAGCAGCUUCCUCCGCCGGGACGGGACGAUGAUCGAGUCGGCCAUGGCGGUCCGGUUCGCCUCCGGUCCGACCUUCUCCUCCUCCUCCGCCGCCGCCGCCAUAAUCCGUUACCGUUCCUUCUGGAGCUCGGACGAGUGCCCCGGUGCGCACGCGAGCUCUCGCCGGAUUUCGCACUCCGGCAGCUUCGACAUUCCGUGUUACCAGAGGUUCAAUGGCAGCUCUCUAUUGAAAAAGAAGAAUGCCGCGAGGAACAAGGUUAGAGCUACUGCAGAGCAUUUAGGCUCCGCUUCUGAUCCGGCGAAGUGCAAUGGAAGGGCCGGGUAUCAUCCGUUUGAGGAUAUCGCUGAGUUAGCAUCUGGCGGGGAUGCGACACUUACUGCCGCAGAAACCACAAGGACGAUUGUCGAGGUUAACACCAAAGCGACCCUGUUGUUUUCUGGUGUGAUUGAGGAUGAAAUCUACGAGAACAUUCUUUGCCCAGAUUUGCGUUACACGACUGAUGAACAGGGAAAUAUUUACUUUCAGGUGAACAAUGAUGAGGAGACUAUUCAAACACUAGCUUCAGGGAGUAAUGUUGUGCAAGUGAUAAUAGGCCUGGAUACCAAGGAGAUGCUCGAUGAGAUGGAGAUAUCAGGUCCAGCAGAUAUUCACUUUGGGAUCGAUGAGAUUGGGGAGGAAGAUAGUGACAUUGACGAGGAUGAGGAUGAGGAUGAGGAUGAGGAUGAGGAUGGUGAAGACGAUGAUUAUGGAGAGGACUGGGUUUCUGUACUUGACGAUGAGGAUGAUGAGGACCAAUCUGAUGGAGAUCCAGGAGAUUGGGCAAAAUUGGAGACAAUGAGAUCUUCUCACCCAAUGUACUUUGCCGAAAAGGUGGCUGAGGUUGCUUCAGAUGGCCCUAUUGAUUGGAUGGAACGGCCUCCUGUUGGCAUUGCCAUACAAGGCCUUUUAAGCCCUGCACUUCUCGAAGAAAACUCCAUCAAUCAGAGACACCUAUCUAGUCCCGAUACUGGUGCCGAAGUAGAUCGCACUAGAACUAUCCUUGAAGACAAACAAGUAGAUUCUAGUAGCACUGAUGCUGAUGGACAAGAUCAUUCACUUGAAGAUGGCCCCAGUCGGGCAGAGGAACUGGGCAAGAAUGGAAGCCCCAGGAGUGGGAAGUCCCUUUACAAGCUCGAGAUGAUCAAUAUUCAGCUGCUUUCAGUACAUGGUCCUCCGCACACUGUUGAGGUAGAAGAUUUCAGGAAAGCGCAACCAGAUGCUAUUGCUCACUCAGCCGCCAAGAUCAUCUCCCGAUUGAAAGCUGGCGAAGAGAAAACUAUACAAGCCCUCAAGUCCCUCUGCUGGAGAUGCAAGGGGAUUCAAGUGGAGGAAGCUAUGAUAACUGGUGUUGAUGCUCUUGGCUUCGAUGUAAGAAUCUGCUCAGGAACACAAAUUCAAACAUUGCGCUUUGCAUUUGAAACAAGGGCCACUUCAGAGCAAAGUGCUGAGAGACAGGUUAAUAAUCUACUGUUCCCAAGGGUCCUGCGCAAGCCACAUAAGAAGAAGGCUCAUUAAAAGCGAAACGUUUCAUUUUAGGUUUCAACACGAGUGCAGAAUUGUUUGUUGUAUCGCUCUCAAUUGAUUAAUUUAGCACCUCCAGUGCAAAAAGUGAAAAAGAAUAUAAAAAAAAAAGGGAAUGAGGAAGGAAAAGAUGGAGAGAAAAACACAGGAUGAGUUCUGUACAUGUAUUUUGUGCAAGCAAUGGAUUUCAUUCUUCUUCAGAGCCAUUUA